AUGGCCGAUAGCGAAUUUGAAGAAUUUCGCCGUGCAUUCGAUAGAUUACCACAACACAUAAAGGCACCGACGCCGUUCUACUCAUUAGUGCCAAAUGUGGGACUGGAGGAUGAAUCCCCGUCGCCCAAGAGUGAGGGGUCCCCUGAGGAUGAUCGGGGCUGCAUUGCGGACGGUGAACUGCCAGGUCCUGGAACAGAGGAGGCCAUGUCACCGACACCCCAGCCUGACAUAACGGAACUACAAAGAAGUCCGCGGCACCAGACGACUGCGAAUGGCGAGAGAAGAAGGAGAAAGUUACCCGAAAUACCAAAAAAUAAAAAAUCAACAAUACUAGCAGGUGGUCAACCAACAUCGUUAGCUGACGAAUUAGCCGGGCUUCUGGUCAGACCCGGUUGCCAAGGGAGGCCGCUGCUUGUCCUGAAAUGUGGUUACCUCCUGGAUGAAGACUCAAGCCCUGACUCCGAGAGGUUACAGAGUCUUGGAGAUGUGGACAGCGGACACAGUACUGCUCAUUCCCCAAUCGAUACUGGCCCCAAAAGCUUAUCUCCCACGCCUUUACAACAGAAUGUAUCGCCAUCAUCAAGUUGCAGCAUCAGCGGCAUCAACUUCGCUGGUAACAUGACGACAGUUCCUCACAGUCAGCUGGAAAUGUUAGAAGCGACACAUAGAGGAUUACAUAAAUUUAAUCCCAGACAUCACGACGAGAUCGAAGUUGAAAUAGGAGACCCCAUCUAUGUUCAGAAAGAAGCUGAUGACUUGUGGUGUGAAGGAGUAAACCUUAGGACUGGUCAACAAGGAAUUUUCCCUUCUGCUUAUGCAGUUGACAUGGACUACAAUGAUUUUGACCCUGCAAAUGCAAAAGUCAAACGGGAGAGGUACCUAUUGGGAUACAUGGGAUCAGUGGAGACAUUAGCACACAAGGGAACGGGUGUGGUUUGCCAGGCUGUCAAGAAGAUAGUGGGGGAAUGUAGCGGGGAUCCAAGUUUGCAGCCAUGCAUCCUAGAAGUUUCUGACCAAGGCUUGCGAAUGGUGGACCGGUCGAAACCUGACAGAACUCGAAACGGCCCUUGCAUUGACUACUUCUACUCGCUCAAAAACGUUUCAUUCUGCGCGUUUCACCCAAGAGACCAUCGGUACCUAGGGUUUAUAACGAAGCACCCGACGCUGCAAAGAUUUGCAUGCCACGUGUUCCGGGGACAAGAGUCAACGAGGCCGGUGGCUGAAGCUGUGGGGAGAGCGUUCCAGAGGUUUUACCAAAAAUUUAUAGAGACGGCUUAUCCCAUAGAGGAUAUUUACAUAGAAUGAUUUGCAG